AUGUCAAAUUUUGAACAAGAAAAUUCUGAAACUAUCGAAAGUAUUGGCGAAAAUGAUGAUUUUGAACCUUCAGAAUUAGGAACAAAGGAGUACUGGGAGUCACGUUAUGUUCGAGAAAAUGAAAAUUUUGAAGCUCAUGGUGAUAUCGGAGAAAUUUG